AUGGAAGAUGAGUGUGAAGGGUGUGUUCCAGGGAAACAACACAGAGAGCCAUUUGACAAAGAAAAAGCAUGGAGGGCAAACUAUCCACUUGAAUUGAAAUUCAAAGUCUUUGUUGAACUGCAAAGUGGAUUCAGUUUGAAGAAGCUAAGGAGUGAUAGAGGUGGUGAAUAUAGCUUACAUGAAUUUCAGGAUUACUGUGCAAGCAUGGGAAUGGAGAGGCAGCUGACCAUUGCCUACUCUCCUCAGCAAAAUGGAGUUGCUAAGAGAAGAAAUAGAACAAUUGGUGAGAUGGCAAGGUCUAUGAUGACUGAGAAGGGAAUUCUUGUGAUUUUUUGGGCAGAAGCAGUGAGCACAACUGUGUACCUUCAAAAUAGAUGCUUUACAACAUCUGUGUUGAACAAAACACCUUUUGAAGCUUUCACAUGUAGGAAGCCUGGAAUUAAGCAUCUGAAAGUAUUUAGUUGUAUUUGCUAUACUCAUGUCUCAUCACCCUUGAGGCAUAAAUUCGAUGACAGAACCAGAAAGGGAGUUUUCAUGGGAUAUGGAAGCUGUGAAAAGGGAUAUAGAGUGUAUGAUCUGCAAUCUAAGAAAAUUGUACUCUCAAGGAGUGUAAUUUUUAGUGAAAACAAGUCAUGGAAUUGGGAAAGAAAUCAAGUAGAGUCUAUCUCAAUACCUUUCAAUCUUGAAGGGAAUGGAACAGAAGUUGAAGUUGGUGAAGAACAAACUGAUGCAACCCAGUUUGAUAAUGGUGGAAGCUCUCACCCAAACACUAUUGUCGAUGAGUCAUAUAGGAAUAAUAGUGGAAAUAACAGUCAAAUCUCUACACCUAGCUCCACUCCAGUGAAGUUGAGAACUCUGGAAGAUAUAUAUGCAAGAUGUCACAUGUGUAUUAUAGAACCAGAGAAUUAUCAAGAAGCAGCAAGUGAUAUAGCUUGGCAAGAAGCUAUGAAUGCAGAGUUGGAAAUGAUUGAAAAGAACAAUACUUGGGAACUUGUUGAGAGGUCAGUUGAUAAAUCUGUUAUAGAUGGAACUGUUCAAAAACACAAAGCCAGGCUUGUAGCAAAAUGGUAUGCACAGAAACUUGGGAUUGACUACAAUGAAACCUUUGCACCAGUGGCAAGGUUAGACACAAUUCGAACUCUCAUUGCUCUUGUAGCACAAAUGGGGUGGAAGUUAUUUCAGUUGGAUGUUAAGUCAGCAUUCCUAAAUGGUGUGCUUGAUGAAGAAGUGUAUGUUGAACAGCCUGAAGGUUUUGUGUUAAAGAAUGCAAGUCACAAGGUUUACAAGUUAAGAAAGGCCUUAUAUGGACUUAAACAGGCUCCUAGAGCCUGGCACAGUGAGAUUGAUGCAUAUCUCAUUCUAUGCAAGUUCAAAAGAAGCACAGGUGAAGCCACGUUGUAUACAAGAUCUGAUAAUGAAUGA